AUGCAAAUGGCCGACGGAACAGCAAAGAGCAAGCUGACCUCAAAGUUCAGAGCCCAAAAAGACCCGGACACCACCCACCUUCCCCCUGCCCUUCAUCGGUCCGUCCACCACCUCCACCUGUUACCGUCCCCUGGCUCCAUAACGAGGGUCCUGAGCCCAUAUGCGGCCUCCCUCAUUAGGCUUGACGUGAGGGGCCUGUGCUGCUGGCUAGGGUCCCGGAUUAGGCGCGCGUACGUGGGGGACUCGGACACAGAUGCCCCGACCAUGUGGCCCCCCGGUCGGGCCAGUCGGUCGGUGGGUGGGGGGAGGGCGGGGGUCUCUCAGAAGCACUAA